AUGGCAACCUACCAGCAGCAGCUAUAUGCGCUCAAUCCUAACCAACCUGUUCAAUUGAAGUUCAAACCAACCUGCGGCCCUGUACCACUUCCGGGGGAUAGUUGUGAACAACCGACCACUUGUUCUAUCAAUGACGAAUACAUUGGACCGGGAGUACGUCACAGCAACAACAUGGUCUGCGAUACUGUGAAGCCCCAAUAUUUACAGGAUAACUCCAACCACCCUAUACUACGACAGUUAAACAGCAUGCAACGGCCUAUUCAACCUCCGAUCCAGAAGUCUUACCAGAUACCCAUGCAACCGCAAUAUAGAAUGCCUAACCAAUUACCAAUACGCUUUUCUAUCCGAAAUCCGAGAAACCUCCCAGUAAUGACAUCUGUUAAAAUACCCAAUGAAUCACCAAGUAGAACAUCAAUCCAAAUGCAAAUGCCCUUUCACGCUCCGAAUCGGAUGACAGUUCAACAGUUAGAAUACCUGCGGCAGGAGACAUGGCCUAUAGUGGCUUACACUUUCACUACCACAGCUUCUGCUAAACCAGACAUUAAAAAAAUAAGGAAACCCAAGCUGCGAGAUAAUAAAAAUACAACGAAAAAACGAACGACGCUGCGUUUAUUGAAAAUGUCAUCGAGCACCAGACCCCCGUACCCAGGAGGCAUCAGGCCGGAGACUCAGGAAAUUGAAGGUGAUUAUGUUUUGUGCGACGGUAAUGCUGUAUGUCAUAAAUACGUCUGGACAACUAAAAAAGCGAAGACAAUAAAGAAGACCAGAAGAAGGCAUGAUUUGGUGUUGAUAAAAUCUUUCAUUAAUAAGUAA